UAUGGCAGCGCCCUUGUGGAGUGAAGGUCGUUUGGCGAAGACCCCAUCAGGACACAUAAUUUGCCAUGAAUCACACACUUGCGGUCGGUUUUUAUAAUCUUUAGCAUUUCUACAAUUCAAAGAAUCAAAUAUCUGUAUUUGCACCGCAAGGUUGAUGUAGGUUUGAGCAUCAUCGGAAUAUAUUUAAUAAUGAAACGCUGACUUAAGUUAUCAAGCGCUGCGGAAUGUGGAAGAGUCUGAAGGUCGAGGAAGAGCAAAUACUAGAGUCUUCUGCUUGGAAUUGACAUUUUCUUGCUUCUGGGAUAUUCAUUGGUAAGCCAGAUUGUUUCGGCCCUGGCUCCUUAUUCUGCUGUUGGGUUCCCUGAUGUGAAAAGUGUUCCAGAAAUAAACUCAAAAGAUGAGUGUCUUGCGCAAACUAUCACUUGUCGAAAAAUACUUAACGUUAGCACAUGGAUAUAAACAAAGCUUCGCCAGUCAGUUACUGGAUAAAGUUCAUGUGAUUGGUUGCUGUGGUUGUUGGAGUCAGCAGAAAAGAACAUUAAUUUACCAAGGUCCUCAGGCCACACCCAAGUACAAAGUAUUGAGAGAAACUGACAUUUAUUUGAAUGAGGAGAUAAAGGAUGAUGACCCAGUGGUUCAAAGACUUUAUAAAGGUAUUAAAAAACAGGAGAGAGGUGCCCUUGCAGAAGGCAUCACACUUGUGGAGUCCACACAUCCUAAGAAAAAGGCUCAAGCUCAAGUUUUGUUAAGCAAAGUACUUUUAUAUCUUAGAGAAAGAGAUGCUCACAGUCUUCAUGGCUCAUUUGGAAGCUCAUUUAGGAUAGGUUUGUCUGGACCCCCUGGGGCAGGGAAAAGUACCUUCAUUGAAGCCAUGGGUAAACACCUGACCUCUGAGGGACACAGGGUGGCUGUUCUGGCUGUAGAUCCAUCUUCAAGGACGUCAGGAGGUUCCCUUUUGGGUGACAAGACCAGGAUGCCUCUGCUGUCGGUGGACUCCCAUGCCUACAUCCGUCCUUCCCCCAGCUCCGGGACCCUAGGAGGGGUGACCAGGAACACGAAUGAGGCCAUAGUGUUGUGUGAAGGGAGUGGGUACGAUGUCAUCCUAGUGGAAACAGUGGGUGUGGGGCAGUCUGAGGUAGCUGUGGCUGACAUGGUAGAUAUGUUUUGUCUGUUGAUUCCACCAGCUGGUGGGGAUGAACUGCAAGGUCUUAAAAAAGGUAUAGUAGAGCUGGCUGACCUAGUGGUUGUAAACAAGUCGGAUGGAGACCUGCUACCAGCAGCCAGGAUAAUACAGUCAGAAUACAUGAGUGCUCUCAAGUUUAUUAGGAAGAGGUCUAAAAAUUGGAAUCCAUUGGUAUUAAGAAUAUCCUCAAAAACCAAGGACGGCAUUCCUGAGCUGUGGUUGAAGAUGUGCGAGUUCAAACAGGUCAUGUUAGCGGUGACGGAGUUCCAGAAGAAACGAGAAGACCAGCUGAAGAUCUGGAUGUGGAGCAGCAUCAAGGACAAUAUCAUGGACAUCUUUACCAGACACCCAUCAGUGCAGGCUCAGAAGGACGAACUGGAGCACCUGGUCACCAGCCGGAUCAUGACGCCGGGGUUCGCUGCCGAUAUCUUGCUGAAGAAAUUUAUGUAUCACGGGGAAGAGGACGUGAAGCAUUUAUUGGAGACACAGUCGAAGCACAAACAAUGAUGGUGCUUAUAUUUAUCCAUAUGCACCUACAUUCUUUGUUACAAGUGAGAGUAGGGUGCAGAGUAUAUGGAAAGAAAAGUCACAACAGAUGUUGUUAUUAUGGAUGCUUUGGUGUAAAUAUAUACAGUAAUAAACUUGGUAUUGCUUCUGUGGGAGCAUGACUGACAUGACUGAAUACUUAAGCAUGGAGACAACUUCACAGUUACAAAAUGCAAGUGAUAUGAGCAUGAGGAGUGAGUAUACAGGAAGAAAAGUCACAACAAAUGAAGAUAUGUAUUCAUUUUGAAUGAUUUGGUAUUCAGUGUUGUGUAGGUGUAUUCAUUAACUAAGACCCCUUUCCCAUAGAUUAGAUCGAUCCAACUAGAUCGACCUAACUCCCUGGGGGUUCAUGCUAAAUAGCUGUCAGCCGAGC